GAUCGUUAAUUAUGAUCAUCUUCCCCACUCACUAAAUGCAACUUUGUGUCCUUCCAUAAUCGUACAAGGACCUCGUGGGCCUUAGAAGCUCACCACACACGUGUGUCGAGUGCCCAAAGAUCUCUCUCCUCUAUCCACUUAUCAACAUUGACCAUGUCGCUGCGGCAAAAGGCUGAGGGUCUCAAGCGAAGGAUCAAUGAUAUCAUCGCAGCGGGCGGUGAUAUGGCCAUCCCAAUUCUCUCAGCCGUCAACGCCGCGGCUGAUAUGUGCCCUCCUCUAAAGAGCGCGACUGGCGGCGCACUCUUCAUCAUCGGCGAGGUCCAGAAAUUCAAGGAGAAUAAGAAAGAAUGGGAGGAUUUUGGGAAAUACGUCGUCAACAACGUGGCCGAGGUGGUUGCAGCCAUAAAAUCCUAUAAUCCAUCAACGGAAGAGGCAAAGCCAUGGGUGGAGAGCGCUGCAAAGCUUGAUCGUGUGCUGCAGAAGAUCAAGUCCGAAAUCGAACGUAGACGCACAAAAACAGAGAAACGGGCAGCUUUAAUCAAUGUAUUGUCUCACUUGAGAGAUCCGGGAAGGAUUGAUGCCCUCAAGAAGGAUCUUGACAAAGCAUUGGCAUCGUUUCAGCUGAGGAUGAACUUAACAAUUGGAGUUAAAUUGUCGGCGAUGGAAGAUGACUCGAUUCUUGGUAGACUCCGAUACCCUGAUAUCGCCCACUAUGAUUCAACUCAGGCUUGCCUAGAAGGCACUAGGGUCAGUCUCAUUGAACGUAUUAUGGCCUGGUGUCAUAACACCGGGGAUAGCGAGAAUCGGCUGGCAUUGCUGAGCGCCGUGGCCGGCGCUGGGAAGACUUGCAUCGCACACACGAUUGCAGAAAAAUGUAAAAAGGAUGGUACUCUGCUACUGUGCUUUUUCUUCAGGGAAGGCGAACAGUCGCGGCCUGAUUGCCUAUUCAGCGGUAUUGCUCAAUCUCUGGCAAACCGUGACCCGGGUUACCGCACUUUCAUUAUUUCUACUCUUCGAGAGGACCCAACUCUAUCAACAGCUUCAUUCACGAUGCAGUUCAAGGAAUUGGUAGCUUCGGCUCUUCUCCAUAAACCCCCAUCUUCGGACCAUCCAAUGGUGGUCAUCAUCGAUGCUUUAGAUGAAUGUGACAGAGAGGCAUUCGAGCCCCUUGCGAAUAUUCUUCGGGAAGAAGUGCCCAAAUUACCAUCCUCCAUAAAAUUUUUUAUCACAUCGAGACACUUUGAUCUUGUCAAUCGCUUCCUUUCAUCCGAUUUCCCUAUCGAUCGUCUUACCAUAGAUCUCUUGGAUGAUGCAAACGUGCAGGACUGCGCUACAUACAUAUGUUCCCAGCUGGAAACACUGAAGGAUUGUCAUCCCGAUAUACGGCAUAGGCUUGGCGACGGGCAGAAAAUGGUACGGGAAAUCUCGGAACGAGCAGGUGGCUUGUUUAUUUGGAUCAGCACCAUUUUUCGCUAUAUGAAGAUGGCGAGCAAAGACCCUAUGAGGAUGCUGGAAAGACUACUCGGCACCGGCGCAAAAGGAUCAGUGGUUUCUGCUGAAGGAAUGAUGGAUCGCUUGUAUACAAGUAUCUUGAAGAAGUGUGGUUGGGAGGAUGAAGAUUUUGCGCACGAUUAUCCAGUUGUGAUAGGAGCUAUCUUCGUCGCACAACAGCCUCUAUCUGUCCCAGCCUGGGAUGCGAUUUUGUCACCUUUCUUGAAGUCGUCGGUUCGAUAUACGUUGGCCGAACUCGCACCUCUCUUCUCAGGACUUGACGAUCCUCACGUUCCCAUUCGCAUCUUACACCAAUCCUUCCGCGACUUUAUUUUAGAUCGGAUCGAUCUCCAAUCAAUCAGCCCACAUUGCAGUACAGUAGAUGUGAAGCGGGAGAAUGCUAAGAUUGCCCUGCGAUGUAUCAAAAUUCUGAAUGAGGAUCUCUCCUCUUCAGAAGGCCUAGGACUGAUUGAGGACUUGGACAGAGAAGAUGAACUGCCACGCAUUCCUCCAGAGAAGUUAUCCAGGCACUUGCACUAUGCAUGUCAUUACAUUGUUUAUCACCUCAGUGGAGUCCAGGAACCGUCGCAGGAGCUCGAUAAAUCACAUCGCAUAUUUCUCAAUCAGCAAGCCACUCGCUGGGUUGAAGUCUGCGUGAGAAUGGAAGGCUACGUCAGUAUCUCAAUACUCCCUGAGUGGGCUAAGUUGGCAGUUGACCAAAGGUCAAAAGAUGAUAUCUGCACGCUGGUCAAUGUGCUUUUGCAGCUCCAGUCAAACCUGGAAUUUUUUUCAAGAUUCAAGGAGGCAUAUGAGGUAGCGAAGGACUUAGUUGUACUCUGCCAUUGCCUUGUUUCCGUGGACUCAAAGUCCUAUGCCCCGGACUUGGCCGAGUCUCUCAACACUUUAUAUUUAGCUCUUUCGAAACUCGGACGGCACUCGGAGGCGCUCCCAUUCAUUGAGGAAAGUGUCAAACUCCGGCGUGAGCUAGUUGCCGUUCACCCAGGAUCAUAUACCCCAGAUUUGGCUGGGUCACUCAUCAAUCUACGUAAUGCUCUUUCGAAUCUCGGGCAGCACUCGGAGGCACUCCCAUUCAUCGAAGAAAGCGUCAAACUCUGGCGUGAGCUAGUUGCCAUUCACCCAGGAUCAUAUACCCCAGAUUUGGCCAGGUCACUCAAUAGUCUAUGUAAUGCUCUUUCGCAUCUUGGACGGCACUCGGAGGCACUCCCAUUCAUCGAGGAAAGCAUCAAUCUCUACCACCAGCUUGUUGCUGUUCACCCAGGAUCAUACACCCCAAAUUUGGCUUUGUCACUCAACAACCUCUGCGUCUCUCUUUCCAAUCUCGGACAGCACUCAGCAGCGCUCCCAUUCAUUGAGGAAAGCGUCAGACUCCGACGCGACCUAGUUGCCGUCCACCCAGGAUCAUAUACCCGAGAUUUGGCCUGGUCACUCAGGAGUCUGUAUGAUGCUCUUUCGGGUCUCGAACGGCACUUGGAGGCGCUCCCAUUUAUCGAGGAAAGCGUCAAACUCUGGCGAGAGCUAGUUGCUGUCCAUCCAGGAUCAUACACCCCAGAUUUGGCUUGGUCACUCAACAGUCUAUAUGACGCUUUUUUGAAUCUCGGACGGCACUCGGAGGCGCUCCCAUUCAUUGAGGAAAGCACCAAACUCCAGCGCGAGCUAGUUGCCGUCCACCCAGGAUCACAUACACCAGCUUUGGCCAGGUCACUCAACAGUCUAUAUAAUGCUCUUUCAAAUCUCGGACAGCACUCGGAGGCACUCCCAUUCGUCGAGGAAAGCGUCAACCUCCGGCGCGAGCUAGUUGCCGUUAACCCAGGAUCAUACACCCAAGAUUUGGCUCGGUCGCUCAAUAGUCUAUAUGAUGCUUUUUCGAAUCUUGGAUGGCACUCGGAGGCACUCCCAUUCAUUGAGGAAAGCGUCAAACUCUGCCGCAAGCUCGUUGCAGUGCACCCAGGACCAUACACCCCAGGUUUGGCCAGGUCACUCAACAGCCUAUAUAAUGCUCUUUCAAAUCUCGGACGGCACUCAGAGGCACUCCCAUUUGUUGAGGAAAGCGUCAACCUCCAGCGCGAGCUAGUUGCUGUUAACCCAGGAUCAUACACCCCAGAUUUGGCUCGAUCGCUCAACAGUCUAUAUGAUGCUUUUUCGAAUCUCGGACGGCACUCGGAGGCGCUCCCAUUGAUCGAGGAAAGCGUCAAACUCUACCGUGAGCUGGUUGCCGUUAACCCAGGAUUACAUACCUCAAAUUUGGAUAUGUCACUCAGCAAACUACGUACCGCUCUUUCUAACCUCGGACGUGAUUCCGAGGCACUAACUUGAACAACUCAGGUCCCCUUGAGACCUUUGGGACCUUCCUCCUUCCCUUAUCAUUGCAUCGCUGUACUACCUGUGUUACGGUGUACACAGCCCGGUUGGGUUGUCUAGUUUGGGAACACUGGAGGGUCUA